GUGGCAACAGUAAGGGCACUAAAAAUGCAUGGUGGAGGGCCAGCUGUUGUUGCUGGAAAACCUCUUGAUCAUGCAUAUUUGACUGAAAAUGUUGCCCUGGUUGAGGCUGGUUGCGUGAAUAUGGCACGACAUAUAUCAAACACAAAAUCUUACGGAGUAAAUGUUGUUGUUGCUAUUAACAAGUUUUCAACUGACACUGAAGCCGAGCUAAAUGCGGUUCGAAGUGCUGCUUUAGCUGCUGGAGCUUAUGAUGCUGUAAUUUGUUCCCAUCACGCACAUGGUGGCAAAGGAGCUGUUGACCUGGGCAUUGCAGUACAAAAAGCUUGUGAGAAUGUGACACAGCCAUUGAAGUUCCUGUAUCCCUUGGAUCUGAGUAUAAAAGAGAAAAUAGAGGCAAUAGCAAAGUCAUAUGGAGCCAGUGGCGUUGAGUACUCUGAGCAGGCUGAGAAGCAGAUUGAGAUGUAUAGCAAGCAAGGAUUUUCUGGUCUUCCAAUCUGCAUGGCUAAGACUCAGUAUUCUUUCUCAGACAAUGCUGCAGCAAAAGGAGCUCCAAGUGGGUUUGUCUUACCCAUAAGGGAUGUAAGAGCUAGUAUAGGUGCUGGCUUUAUUUAUCCUUUAGUUGGAACAAUGAGUACAAUGCCAGGGCUUCCAACGAGGCCAUGCUUCUAUGACAUUGAUAUUGAUACAACAACUGGAAAAGUCACUGGUCUCUCAUAAACCUCAACAACGAGGCCAUGCUUCUAUGGCAUACCAAAAGCUUUCUUCAUCUCAUUUACAUAUCCCUUUGUGAUGUUCAUCAAUGUCAUGUGGCAGUAGCAUUCCUCCUUGAUGUUUUCUUCAUGUUUGUUUGCAUGGUUGGGGGUCUGUAUGAAUGAGAUAAAUAAUUUAAGGAGAGAAUUUUAUAUCUGUUUUCUUGUAUGUUUUUCUGAUAUGCAAUAGAAUUGAUGUAAACUCCUGGUGACUGAUACUUGUUAUGCACACUGAAAUCACGUACAAAUGGAGAAGUUUAAAUUUCAUCA